AUGACACACAUGGGCAGGGCCGCGGACGGCUACCAACGCCUCGGCAGCAACUACCCACAGGUCACACCCAGCUCGCAGUUCGCUGCCGCGUCGCCUGAUUCGGUGCUCGCCACAGCGAUUCAGACUCGACCACUGCAGGGGAAUCCAUUCCAUCCGCUGCUCUGGAACGGCAGUGCCACCAGUAGCACUGGGGCAGCCGGUGUGCAGGGAAGCCUCUCGCGGAAGAGCCGCACCAGGCUCACAUCGGGUGUCACAGCCGGUAGCGGUAGUGGACCGCUCUCCUCCACUUCAACACCGCUCUCUUCUUGCGCGUCGGCAGUCGCAUCAGGCGAAAGGCGACUCCAGCGUCGGGUCAGCCGUGACAGGCUUGGGGGAUCUUCGACUCCGACAUCCUCGUGCACCACCGCGCAAGUCUUGCAGCUGCAGCAACCGACGCAGAGCCGAAUGCCGCCGUCAUCCUCGUCUCCGCUUGCAUCGGUUGGCCUCACCGCUUCGGGGGCCGGUGGUGCCGUUACCCCUGCCAAUCGGGGCAGGGAGAGAAAGGUAGCGGCUGUGAACUACAACGCUCUCUUACAACAAGAGCUUCAGCAGCAGCAGCAACAACAGAGUUCGGGCACGGGGGGAUGGCCGACUCCGUCGCCGUCGCCGUCGCCACCCACCGGCGCGCUUCAGUAUGCGCAGUUGCCGCCCAGCGCGGGCGUGCAUGGAACGGGGCCUCACAGCGGUUCUGGGGAAGGAGGGUCUGAAGCACUAUCCUCUUCCGUAACAGUCUCGUCAGCGCCAGCAGGCGUCGUGGAGGGCCCGCUCCCGCCGGACGUGCGUCGCAUCAUUGGCCAGAGUUGCGCCAGCAGCAGCAGCAGCGGAGCGGACACGAACGCUUUCAUCGAUGCAGCAGAGCAACAGGCCCGUCGUCUCAUCAGCACCGGCCGCCGCGUGAAAGUGUAUCGAGAAGAGCUGGCGGCUGCGGAGGAGGAGCACAAAGACCUGUCCACCGCCGCGGUGGAGCGCCAACUUGUGCGCUCUGUACUACAGAGCGAGGUGGACGACAUUAACGCCCGCAUUCAGGCUCUCUUGCAGGAACGUUCGCUUGUUGAAGCGCAGCUGCACGCACAGGAUGAUGCGGCCGCGCGUGAGGCACGCCAGUUGACCGAGGCGCAGGACCGAGUGACGGUGCUGCGACAGACGAUUGAGGGCAUUGUGGAGGAGACUUCGGCGGCGCGGCUGAUGCUGCGGCAGCUCGUACCGUCUCUGCACAUCGAAAACUAUUACUAG